UUAAUUUUUUCUUAUCAUUUAUAUUGUUAUUAUUCAGUUCUGAAAAAAACAGAAUAACUUAAAAAUUAUAAUUAUUAAAAAAUUUGUAGUUAUACUUUAGCUUCUUCUCCUUCAGACUCUCUCCUUCUGCUAUCAAUCAUCAUUAACUUUGCAUAAAAUUAAUCGACAUAUUCUAAAGUUAGUUUAAUCUUUAAAAUCAUUCACAAUGCUGUCCAGACUUUAAGCUGCCGAGGAGUUAUAGUGAAUAAUAACUAUUUUUAUAGCGACAGAAGAAAGAAUGAUUCAACUUAUUGCAGUUAACAAUGAGGAAUGAUGAGGAUCUCGAACAUUAACCUGUUUAUUUUAAAUAACAGGAAGAGUGUGAUCAAUAAAUUUUGGAAAUAAAGUUUUGCAUCACAAACAGAAGAUUCAGAGUUCUAACCAUUAGGAUAUGUCAAGAGUGUCUGCUGAACUAAAACAAUAUUAUCUUAAAUAUUAUGGAAAAAUUAUUGAACUUCAACCACUAUUAAAAGCACCUGCAAAUGUUGAUCUUAUGGAUAAGUUUGUUGAUCUAUGUAUUGUUGAUGCAGCGAAGCCACAAAUGAAUGGUGUUUUUAGUGUUGAACGAAAGGAAUUUCUUGAAAAGCAAAUGCAUUAUACACCAAUUCCAUAUAGUGAACUCUUUCUGAACGAAAAAUCUGUAAUAUUAGUAUCUGGAAUUGCUGGUAUUGGGAAAACAUGGUUUUGCUUGAUUGGUCAAAUGAUUUAAUUUGGAAAAAUGUUGAACUUGUUUUUUAUUUGGAAUGCAGGAGGAUUAAUCAAUAUGAAAAUGUUUCUAAUAUUAAUGAUUUACUUAGCGUUUUCUUCAAAGAUAUUAUAAGUAAUUUUAAUAUUAGUAUUGACACUGCACUGUUUAUAAUUGAUGGAUUAGAUGAGUUUAAAUAUUUUAAUGAGUUAUCAAAUCCGAGAUUAAAAUGUAACUAUCCGAUUGUUAAUGUUUUAGAAGAAAUUCAAAAUUAUAAGCAUUUAGUUACUGGCAGAGUUUACGCAAUUGAUCAAUACCAAAGUAUAUAUACAGAUCAGAGUGAUAAGUUAACCAUUCAAAUAAUGGGGUUUAAUGAAAAUGGAAUAAUGAAUUAUGUAGAAAAUCAUGUUAUGGAAGAAAAUAAAGAAAUUGUAAAAGGAACUUUAAAGGAAUCUCCGAUAGCAAAAGCUAUGGCAUCUGUUCCUUUUUAUUUAUCUUCCAUGUGUAAAAUUAUCAGUGAUUCGAAAGAAAUAAGUACAAGAUCUUUCUUAACAAUGACAGAUUUGUAUGCAAAUAUUUUUUUAUAUUUUUUAAGAAGACACAUCAUCAAAAACAAUGAAAUGAUUUAUCAGAUAAUGGAAAACGAUUCUAAUAAAACAUAUAUUUUAAAUAUUUGUAAAAUUGCAUAUGAAUUGUUUGUUGUAAAUAAAGUAAUUUUUUCCAAAAAAGAACUUCAAACUUUUAUUGGUGACUUUGAUAAAAAUGAAAAUUUUUAUGGAUUUAUAGAAAGAAUUGAAACAGAUCUGGGUUGUUAUUAUCAGUUUGCUCAUUUGACAAUAAUGGAGUUUUGUGCAUCUGUUUAUGCGUACAAUUGUUUAAAUAGUGAAGAAAUUAUGACCAAUGAAAAGCUAAAGAGUUGUUUAUCAAUGAUUUGUGGAUUAUCUAAUACUAGUCAAAAUAGUUUAAUAAAGUUUCUUGUUAACCUGAAUCCUUCAAAAAAUUCUUCUAAUCCUUCAAAAAAUUCCUAUAAAAAAUCUGUUCAAUUUAUAAAGAAUCUAUUCAAGAAUUCUUCAAAAAAGUCUGAUGAAAAAUCUAUCCUUUUGUAUUCUAUUUUGGAUUGUCUAUCUAAAAGUAUUAAAGUUUCUUCUUAUUCUGAUGAUUUCAAUUUAUUCUACGAAUGUUUUUACGAAAGUCAAUCGUCAUUCACUGAUGAAAUAAACUCAAUUGUUGAUGAACUAAAUAAACAUGGUUUAGAAAUUAUGAUUGACGAUGGAAAAACUUCUUACGCAACUUCUUGCGAUAAUUAUUUCGUAAAUUAUUACAUAAAGUCUGGAAGAAAGUUAAAGUGGUUACGUGUUGCUAAAAAUAUUUUAAGUGAUGAAGAAAAAAAUCUUUUAGUUAGAUGUUCAACUAAUGUUCGUUAUGUCGGCUUUUAUCGUCCAAUUAAUUUCGAAGGAUGGAAACCGAAAGAUAAGAUUGAAGUGUUGACGAUAUGGAUCUCAACAAAAAUAACAAAAAAAGAUUUUGAAGAAAAUUUUCUUCUUUGGAUUAAUCUUUGUGAAAAAUUAUAUCUUGUUCUUCACGACGACAUUGAUUUCUUUAAAGACAUUUGUGAAUGGAUCCGUUGUUCGAACAUCAAGAAUUUUGAGAUCGAGUACCGUGGAAAAGAAUUUUGUAACCUCGAUGAAUUAACUUUAUAACGCGGAAAAAUGUUUAAUAUUUUAGAUAUGUAAAAUAAAAGCAAUAACUUUAAAAUAAUAAAUAAAAUA